CAGCUCAGCUUUCCUUCUGCUGGAAGGGAAGCAGCAAUGAAGCCCAGCCCUGCUUCCUGUCUCCCCAUGAGAGGAGGGGCAGCCUUCUCUCUCUCUCUCUCUCUCUUCUGCAGGCCUACGCUGGGAAAGCACACAUAGGACAUGAUGCUGCUGCCAUCUUCUGGUGUGCAUGGUCAGAGUGAGGACAGCUCAAUACUCAUCAUGGGAGAACCCGGCACAAAAUUUCAGUUGACCAAAGAAAUGGUGAUGGAGAAGCCAAGUCCCCUGCUUGUCGGGCGGGAGUUUGUGAGGCAGUACUAUACCCUGCUUAACCAGGCACCAGACUUUCUGCACAGGUUCUACGGCAAAAGUUCUUCCUAUGUUCAUGGUGGUUUGGACAGCAAUGGAAAACCUGCAGAUGCUGUAUAUGGGCAAACUGACAUCCAUAAGAAAGUUAUGUCCUUGAAUUUUAAGGACUGCCGAACAAAAAUCCGGCAUGUUGAUGCCCAUGCCACUCUGAAUGAUGGGGUUGUGGUACAAGUAAUGGGUGAGCUUUCCAACAACAGGCAACCCAUGAGACGCUUCAUGCAGACCUUUGUGUUGGCGCCAGAGGGAUCUGUGGCAAAUAAGUUUUAUGUCCACAACGACAUAUUCCGUUACCAGGAUGAAGUUUUUGGUGACUCUGACACAGAACCUCCUGAAGAAUCGGAUGAGGAAGUAGAUGAGCCUGAAGAAAGGCAGCAAACUCCAGAAGUAGUUGCCACAGAUGACGGCACAUACUACGAUCAAACUGGCAAUAGCAAUGACUUGGAUGAACCACUGGAAGAGCAGAUUAUAGAGGCAGAACCCGAGCCAGAACCUGAGCCAGAGCAAGAUCCCGAUCCUGAGGUGACUGAAGAGAAAUGUGAACCUGUGUCUGAAGAACCUGCACCAGAAGAAGAAGAGGUGGUUGAAAAGAGCCCAUCUCCUCUUCCUGCUGACCCCGCACCAGCAGUACAAGAAGACUCCAGGGCAUUCUCAUGGGCAUCUGUAACAAGCAAAAAUCUUCCACCUAGUGGGGCUGUACCAGUGUCAGGAAUACCACCACAUGUUGUUAAAGUUCAGCCAUCACAGCCCCGGCCUGAAGUUAAAUCAGAAAACCAGAUCUCACAGAGACCACCACAGAGAGAUCAAAGAGUCAGAGAACAGAGGACUACAACAAUUCCUCCACGAGGAGGGCCAAGACCUGUGAGAGAAGGUGAACAAGGAGAACUAGAAACCCGGCGCAUCAACAGGUAUCCGGAUAGCCACCAGUUGUUUGUAGGCAAUCUGCCGCAUGAUGUAGACAAGAACGAGCUCAAGGAGUUCUUCCAGACUUAUGGCAAUGUUGUUGAGCUGCGUAUAAACAGUGGCGGAAAGCUUCCCAACUUUGGCUUUGUGGUAUUUGAUGAUGCAGAACCCGUGCAGAAAAUCCUAAGCAGCAGACCUAUUAUGUUCCGUGGAGAUGUCCGCCUAAACGUGGAAGAAAAGAAAACUCGUGCAGCUAGAGAGGGUGAUCGUCGUGGCGAGAGGCCCCGUGGCCCUGGAGGACCACGUGGAGGUCUUGGAGGUGGUCUGAGAGGACCACCACGUGGUGCGAUGUCACAGAAGCCUGGUUUUGGGGCUGGAAGGGGUGUCCAAGGUCCACGCCAGUGAUUUUGUUUUGGGUUUUUUUUUUUUCUUUGAGUGGCUUCUUACAUCAGAUUGGGUACAGCCCUCUUCUGUCCUGCAGCCUUCUGAAACUUGGGUCUUGGAUGUCUUGGCAUAUUGUCCCAACGUGACGGACUGCUACACUUCACCUGUCUCAUCCCAAAUGUGUUGCAAUUUUACAGAUUUCUUUUUUUAUUUCCCAGCCUCCCCCCUCUUCUUUAUCCAGUUCCCAGAAUCCAGCAUUUGUUGGACAGUUACUUUUAGGGGAUAAAAGGAUUAAAGGAAAAUUACGCAUAAUCCUGUUUUCAGGAGUCAGAUACAAUGGAACAUUACCUGAUUUUAGGCAAAUCCACUGGUGUAAUCGUGAACGCUGGUAUAGCAUCUGAGUCUUUGAAUGAUGGAAAAU